AUGAAGUUCCUUGUUCAGUUUGUGCUCGAGCUGCUGCCAUUCCGCAUGCCCGAGUUUGCAGCCGCGGCCGAGUGGGCGAACGUCCCAUUCACCGUCCUGCUCGCACUCCCAAACAAUGACACUUCGCCAUACUCAAUCAUCGAUAUGCCGUCGGAGGAGGACGCCAAGCGCGUGGUUGAGCGAUGCGCGCUCGUGCGAUCCAUCUACUUGUACCUGGGACACGGCGACAGUUACGAGCAGCUCGGAAGGUCGCGUUUUGCUGCGCUCGCGCCUGCACGCUCGUUUAGCUGCACAGUCGCGGCAUGCUAUCGCCGAUUGUCAUUGCAAGACAAGGAGGAGCGACGCAGGCGGCUUGACUACAUUGACUUUCCCGGGCCCAUUGACAUGAAGAAUCCAGAGGUUGCCCUGCAUCUUCUCGAGCUGUACGACGGCACAGUGCUGCAUUCCACCGACGCACCCUUCUACGGCGUGUUCUUUGCGUUGUGGCUGCGAGAUGGUGUUCGGUCCCUGGUCACGCACUAUUCGCUCAAGACCCGCACAUACAUCAACACAACGUCAAUGAACGAGACGCUGGCGUUUUUGAUGGCUCACCAAGCGUUGAUUAAGCCAGGAAGCGUGGUCUUUGAUCCUUUUGCUGGAAGCUGCGGCAUGCUGGUGCCUUGCGCUCACUAUGGCGCAUUUAUCGUGGGAGGAGACAUUGAUCCUCGAAUGAUGAGUGCCAAAGAUCCAACUCACAAUGCUCGCAUGAGCUUUGUGCAGUACAAACUGGAAUCACAGUUGCUAGAUGUUGUGGUCACUGACAAUUCGCAUAGCACGUUCCGUGGCAAUGUCAAGUUUGAUGCCAUUCUUUCUGAUCCGCCAUACGGCAUUCGCGAAGCGGCCAAGAAAAUUGCUCAAGUUCCCAACGCGAAGCCGAUUCCGCUUGAAAAGCGUGCUGCGCACAUUCCACGCAAGAUUCAGUACGCCCAAGAUUUGCUCAUCUGCGACCUUGUGGACUUUGCUGCUACGCAUCUUGUGGUCGGUGGACGCCUGGUCUUUUGGAUGCCGACACACGAUGAGCCUCUCGAUGAAUACGUCCCCAUCCACCCUGCUAUGAGGCUGAUCAGUAACAGCUCGCAACCGAUGGCUGGCCGCCGUCACCGUAUCAUGGUCACGCUGCAAAAGCUGCACGAUCCGACGCCAACUGAGCGAGCGACAAUCUCUGAAAAGUACGCCCAGAUCAUGUUUGAAAACUCGCGUUCGACCCAAUCCAAGAUCAAGUACCAAGCGGAAUUGGCAGAGCAGGCGGAGCAAGAGCGGAUAGCUGCCACGAGUCCCGGUGACAAUGCAUAA